UGCAAGCCAGGAUAUACUCCACAGAGGAAGGAAGGAAGAGGGAGAGACAGCGGUAGGACCAACAGGGAUCCGUCCUGUGAACCCAGAAAUGGUGCCGUGAAGGAAGAGGCCCUUGGAGACCCCCAGAGUCCCUGGAGCCCUGUGGAGCUGCUCUGCCAGAGAGAGGAAGGAUGGAGACGCCCCCUUUGGCCAAGGAGGGGAGUGGAAAAGUCCCCGCGGUUCUUCAGCCUGGGAGCUGUGAGGAGUGUUGGACCAAAACCGGGCAGAAGGUCCUGCAGGAGGGAACCAUCCUUUGUUCAGAAGUUCUGCCCUGGACCUCCAUCCAAUACCGGGAGGCUGAGGGUCCCCGAGGACUUUGCAGCCGACUCCAUGACUUGUGCAGGCGAUGGCUGAGGCCAGGAAAGCACAGCAAAGCCCAGAUGCUGGACCUGGUGGUUCUGGAGCGGCUCUUGGCUUUCCUGCCCCCAGAGAUGGAGGACUGGGUGCGGGAGUGUGGAGCAGAGAGCAGCUCCCAGGCGGUGGCCCUGGCGGAAGGCUUCCUCCUGAGCCAGGCGGAGGAGCAGAAGGAGCAGCUCCAGUGGCAGAAGUGCUGCAGUGUGGAGAUCAGAGAUCCUGAGGGAAAGAAGAACCCAUCAAAUCCCCCUCAGGAGCUAUUUUUCAGGAGGAUCCCUUGGGAAGACCAAAGUCAGGACACCUCCGGAGAGAAACAAAGAAUGAAGCUUCCUGGUUUUUAUGUGGGAGAUCAAACAGCGGUUGAACCUCCAAAUCAAGUUCUCCUCCAACUUGUAGUUUAGAAGAAGCAAUUUUUAAAAAGUCCUUCAAGAAAUAGGAAUAAACGUAUCACAGUGGCAGGAACUGCUAGAGACCCUUUUCUGGUUAUUCUUUGACUUGGAAUUGUGCAAGGCUAAUGAAAAAUAAAUAGUCACAGUGCCACAUUACCAUUUUUUAAAAGCCUUAUUUAUAAC